GCUUCACCAAUGACCAACUAAACGCCCCACAGCUUUGACACAGACCUUCGGGGGUGGGAAGUUUGAGUUCGGGUUUUUUCGUUCUUUGGAAAAGAACAUGGGAUUUGAGCUAGACCGGUUCAAGGGGACCGUGGACCCAGAUUUUAAAUGCAACUUGUGUAAUAAAGUCCUUGAGGAGCCGCUGACUACUCCGUGCGGCCACGUCUUCUGCUCCGGCUGCGUGCUGCCCUGGGUCGUCCAGCAGAACAGCUGCCCUGUCAGAUGUCAGAGGAUCUCCACCAAAGAGCUCAACCACGUCUUGCCUCUGAAAAACCUCAUCCUAAAGCUGGAGAUCAAAUGUGAUAACCACGCGCGAGGCUGCGAUGCGGUGGUGAAGCUGCAGCAUCUCACCGAGCACGCCGAGAUGUGCGACUAUUCUCCGGCGAAGUGCAGGAAUAAAGGAUGCGAGGAGAUGCUCAGCCUGCGGGACGUGGAUGCUCACAUGCGGGAGACGUGCGACUACAGGCCGGUGGGGAUUUGCGACAGCGGCUGCGGCUUGAUGCUCACCCACAAAGAGAAGAAACUAAACAGUCACUGCUGCGUGCGAGCCCUGAAGGCGCACAACAGCGCGCUGCAGUGCAAGUUGAUCAUCCUGGAUAGAGAGUUCAAGAAGCAGGCUAUUAAAGCCAACGAGAGGGAGAAGUCGCUCUUGGCGCAACUUUCCGCCGUGCACAGCGAGCUGCAGAUGACAGCGCUGAAAUAUCAGAAGAAAUUCACCGAAUACAGCGACAGGAUCGACUCCCUCACUAAAACCGUGGCCUCCUCCUGCAAGGAAGACGAGACCCAAAGCGUGACAGCUGUCCUUCUUCGCGAGGGCGGGUCUCUGGGUUUUAACAUCGUAGGGGGAAGGCCAUGUGCGGACGACAAUGACAGCGCUUCAAACGAAGGGAUCUUUGUAUCCAAGAUUGUUGAGAAAGGUCCAUCAGACAAGGAGGGGGGCCUUCAGAUCCACGACAGAAUAAUAGAGGUAAGAGAGAUUUCCUGUUCCAGAAACAUAUUAUUCCUGUCCUGCCAAGUCAAUGGCAAGGACCUCUCUAAGGCCACCCACGACCAGGCGGUGGAGGCGUUCCACACCGCCAAGGAGCCGAUCAUGGUUCAGGUUCUCCGUCGGACCCCGUGCCCCAAACUACUCAGCCCGGCUGAUGUCCAGGUUUCGGACAUCAGCACCCAGACCGACAUCACCCUCCAGCACAUCAUGGCCCUCACCAAGCUGCCUUCCUCGGGGCCGAUGACAGAGCUGGAGGAGUAUCUGCUGCCGGAGCAUCCCCCUGGCCAUGAGUACUUUGACCCCAAUGAUUUCCUGGAGGGCAUACAACAGGACAUAGAGCGUGAGGAGCUGGAGUACGAGGAAGUUGAUCUGUACCGAGCCAACAUCCAAGACAAGCUCGGCUUAACCAUCUGUUAUAGAACUGAUGAUGAGGAUGAAGCUGGGAUCUACAUCAGUGAGAUUGAUCCAAACAGCAUCGCUGCAAAGGACGGCAGAAUCAGAGAAGGUGACAAAAUCAUACAGAUAAAUGGCAUUGAGAUCCAAAAUCGAGAGGAGGCUGUGGCUCUGUUGACCAGUGAGAACAAGCAGAAUAUCUCUCUGCUGGUGGCCAGACCGGAGAUCCAGCUGGACGAGGGCUGGAUGGAUGACGACAGGAACCAUUUCUUGGAUGAGCUCCACAUGGACAUGCUGGAGCAACAGCACCAUGAGGCCAUGCAGUUCACUGCCAGCAUGCUGCAGCAGAACAAGCUUGAGGAAGAUGGAGGAACCACAGACACAGCUACUCUGCUCUCCAACCACCACGAGAAGGACAGCGGCGUUGGUCGCACGGAUGAGAGCACCAGAAACGAUGAGAGCUCUGAGCAAGAAAACCUCUGUGACGACCAAGCGACCACAGCCUUCAACACGCUGGGCAGCUGCAGAAAGCUGAACUACAGCCAGGACACGCUUGGCAGCACCGACCUGCCCUUCAAUGGCGAAUCGGUCAUUACUGCGGACUACACCGACACAGACUUUCUGGGCAUCCCGGCUGAUGAGUGUGAGCGUUUCCGAGAGCUUCUGGAGCUCAAGUGUCAGAUGAGGAACAGUGGAGCCCAGGGCCUCUACAGCCAGGGUGCCGGAGUGGGGGUCCAGGACCAGGAGGGCGUGGAUAAGGAGCUGGAGCUCCUCAAUGAGGAACUGCGCAGCAUUGAGAUGGAGUGCCUGAAUAUCGUCCGUGCUCACAAGUUGCAGCAGCUGAGGGAGCAGUGCAGAGAGUCGUGGAUGCUCCAUAACAGUGGCUUCCGCAACUACAACACUAGCAUAGAUGCUCGCCGCCAUGAGCUGUCAGACAUCACAGAGCUGCCUGAGAAGUCAGACAAGGACAGCUCCAGUGCGUACAAUACCGGAGAGAGCUGCCGCAGCACCCCUCUGACUCUAGAACUGUCUCCAGAUAACUCGCUUCAUAGAGGAGCAAAGAACCAGGGCUCAGCCGGACCAUCCAAUGGCAGGAUGCUCAAGCCUCUACUGUCCCCUGUCCAGGAGGCUUGCAGUCCCAGCUGGAGCAGAGGCCCAUCCAAGGAUCAAGAUGGUGAGAUCAAGGAAAGGAAGUUGGGAGAGUCCAGUAAGAGUGGACGUAGUUUUUCCCACUCCCAUUCGCCAUACAAGCAUGCUCACAUCCCUGCCCACGCCCAGCACUACCAGAGCUACAUGCAGCUCAUCCAGCAGAAAUCUGCCGUGGAAUAUGCCCAAAGUCAGAUGAGCCUGGUCAGCAUGUGCCGGGACCCCAUCAGCUCCGGUGGCCUGGAGCCCAAGAUGGAGUGGAAGGUGAAGAUCCGCAGUGAUGGCACACGAUACAUCACAAAGCGGCCCGUUCGGGACAAGUUGCUGAGGGAGCGCGCCCUUCGAAUUCACGAGGAGCGCAGCGGCAUGACCACAGACGAUGAUGCCCUGAGCGAGCUCAAGAUGGGCCGCUACUGGAGCAAGGAGGAGAGGAAGCAGCAUGCAGUCCGUGCCAAGGAGCAGAGGCAGCGCCGCGAGUUCAUGAAGCAAAGCAGAGAAGAUUGCCAGAAAGAGCCAACGGGCGCGGAGGACAGAAAAGAGCCCAACAUCAUCGAACUCAGCCACAAAAAAAUGAUGAAAAAGAGGAACAAGAAAAUAUUUGACAACUGGAUGACCAUCCAGGAACUUCUGACCCAUGGUACCAAGUCGCCAGAUGGCACAAGAGUUUACAACUCGCUCCUGUCAGUGACCACAGUCUAAGUAGUCCUCCAAGCAGUCAAAGGACAGACUGCAGAGUACUGGACUGGACAGAGACCAGACCCAGCUGAGAGUAGAAAUUCCUGCCUCCUACAAUGUGUAAAUAGAAAGUAAGGAAAGCUUUUUCUGGACCAACACCUUCCACCACUGUGGUGUAGAGAUGGUUGGACUGGACUGAAUGGGGCUCGGCUACUGUUUGACAAUGAUUUUAAAACCUUUUUUAAUAACCUUUUCUAUGCUUGCUCUUUUGGAUAUUUUCAGAUAAAAAAUUACAAAAUAUAUGACUUUUUGGAAGGUUUUGAAAGUGUGCCAUACUUUAAACAGGCAGCAUUUAUGCCAUUUGUGUUAUUUUAUUCUUACCACUACACACACACACACACAUAUGUGUGUGUGUGUGUCUUAUCAGUGUUUUAUUGUUACAUAUAAAACUUUUACAUAAACAAUACUAUUUUUACUGAAAGGUGGAAAACCAAAACCUUUUCAAAAGGACUUUCAAAAGAUCAAAUUUUUGUAAGAAAUCCACUUUUUUUUGUUUUUUAAUUUUAAAUUUAUUCAAAUGGUGCUGAUUUCCCAAAGUUAUAUGCCACCAGCGAUGUACCAUCUGGUAAAUGAUGUAGAGGACAUCAUAAAGUAAUUGUCCUAUAUGUACGUACAUUUAAAGAUGUUUCUUCUGUUUAAGCACUCGUGUAGCUACUUUUGCUUUUGUAGGAUUUCAUUUAUUGGACAGAAUAAAUAAAAUAACAGCCGAAAAUAUCAUUAACUAACCACACAAUUUAAGUCUUGUGAAAUGAAAGAAGUUAUAAAUUAUUGUUUUAUAUAUGAUGAGCUUUGAAUUGUUGUUUGUCAGUCAUUAAAGAUAUUGAGGAAAAAAGG